UUCUCAAGUCAGCACUCAGCAUUUGUUUUGAAAUUUUCAAGUAAACAGUUUUAAAAAUGAUUUCUCUCAUGUUUGGAGAGAUUGUUGAACCAAGUACAAGGGCUUUAAUAGACGAAGAUAUAGACGAAUAUCCAGCGCCUAUAGAAAUUUUACCUGUAUGGGAAGGCACUUGUGAAGUACCUCAUGAAAUAGACUGCUUAUAUAUUAUUGAAUCUGCAGCUGUUAAAGAUUUAGUGAAUAGUUGUGUCAUAGAGAAGGAAAAUUAUCUAUGUAAACUUAAAAAUGGUGGUGUUGAAAUAUUUUCUAUCCAGGAAAAGCAAUAUGUGGUAGUAUUUCAGGAAGAGAAAGAAUUAAACGUAGGAGAAAUUACUGAGAUACUGGAUAAAUGGAUUCAUCAAGCAAAAAUUAUAUAUGCAAUCACUUCAGAAUCUAUAUAUAAUUAUCAAAAUUCACUGUUAUUUGAGAGGCCACCCUUCUUAAUAAGGAUCCUCUCAAACACAGACAAUAACAUUAAAUAUGAUAAAUUAGAACAACCAAAUUUGAUCACUGGAUUAGGUUCUGCUGUUUUAUCUUAUUGUAUUCAUCAUACAAUGAAAAAAUGUACAUUAUUUGUUAUUUACAUAGAUAAAUCCCAGCAACUUUCUUUUAAUAGCACUCCAAUUUUAGAUGUCUUCAAAAACACUAAACUUCCUGUAAGAAACUAUGUUGUGAAAGAUAAACUAUCAAAUACAGGCAAUUUGUAUAUGUGA